AUGGUAUUCACGCUGCUUGAAGUGAUCAUCGACGUUGCCGGGUUAGAGUUUGAAGACGUGGAGAUGCUCGUGAUUGUGGAUGUUGAUGAAGUUGUGAAUGUGCUUGCUAAUUCAGUGCUUGUGGAGUCCGAACUAACGAUCGUGGUACUCGUCAAAGUCACAGAUGUUGAUGACGAAAUCUCCGACGUAGAAGAUGUAAUUGUCGAGGUCAUUGUGCUGCUACUUGUCGGAGACACUAUGGUACUUGAAGGGACAGUAGAGCUUGUCGACGUCGGAUACGAGGAGCUUGAUGAGCUAGAUAAGGUUGUAGAUAUGAGCGAGCUCGUCGAUGUCGUUGACGGAGUAUAA